GGAGGCCUGGUAAUGUUAUAAGCGCACAUUUCAAACACUUGUAAAUAUGAGACUGAUAACAGCGGGAAGUUUGCAAAUUGUCUCCUCUUUUUUAACAGGGGCUUGUUUCACUUCACUGGGCUUUCUGCGUUUAACUCAGAAAUGCCCAGAACGGCGGAAAGACGAACAGCACAAUCUUGUUUAUCUUUGUAAAUACUACGAAAACUGCUCAAGGCAUUUGUUAAAAGAACUUUUUUGUGCAAAUCAAUGGAUUUGUCAUCUGAUUCAGCUCUCAACUGGAUUUCACUCAAUGAAAGAGAAAAUUUCAGUGUUUCUAUUAGAAACGUCCAUACAAUCCAUUACUGCAGUCUGGUCGUCAUCAUGGUUUAAUAAAGUGGGAGCCCCACAGAAGCUGAUGGAGUAUGUACAUCGCUAUGGCAACAGACAAGCACGACUUGCUGCUACAGAACUAUUACUAACAAAUAUGAAUAUAUUGCAAGAUUUAGUCAGAGUUUGUGAUAAUAGAAUAUUGGUUGGCAUUGUAAGGCAAACUGGUAUCAGUAAAGAUAUUUGGAAAACUACCACAAAGUCGUCACAUAAGUGUCCAGAUGAAAAGGCCAUAGAGAUGAGUUUGAAGUCAUUGUUGCUCUCACUGCCUCCCUCUGGUGUUGAUGAGUGCACUAGGUGGUUCACUAAAAGUGCUAUACUUUCUGGUACCUCAGCAAAGCAGCAUAAAAGGUCAAUGUCUUGGAAUUUUGGAGGUGAUCAUGGUUUGUCAUUUGCCCACACUUUAACUUCAAUGCCAGCUGAUCAAGUGGAGUUAUUCUACCUUAAAGCACUCACCAGACAUUCAACAGUUCCUUGGCACUGUGACCUGAUGGUGGAGAAUGGAAUAAUCCCCUUGCUUAUCCAAGAACUUAAAAGCAGGCCCAACAGUCUCAAGAUAAAACGUCAGAUCACCCAUCUUCUAGGCAACCUAGCUGUUGAUGAUAUAACACAUCCAAGCCUUAUUGACGAGGGUUGUCUAAGGUUUUUGCAUUCCUGCUUGAUAUCAGAGGACCUGUCUCUGUCAAGUCUUGCCGCUAGAGCUCUUGCAAACCUUGAUCGGGAUUUCACUCCAGACGAGGUCUAUGAAGAUGGAAUAUAUCUACUGCACCCUGACACAAGACACAGCCAUGAAUUUAAGGCCGAUAUUGUGUUUGUUCACGGUCUUCGGGGGGGUCCGUUGAAAACGUGGAGAAGAGAAGGUACAAGUACGCCGCUGACCAGUAGAGAUUGCUGGCCUAAGGCUUGGCUCGCCUCUGAUUUUCCACAAACUCGUCUUCUCAUGGUUGAAUACGAUACUUCCCUGUCGCACUGGGUUUCGCAAUGCCCCUCGGAACCCGAAACGCAGUCAAUGACCUUCUGCAGCGAAGAACUGAUGCAUAAGCUGCGAAAAGCUGGCAUCGGCAAGCGACCUGUCAUAUGGAUCACUCACUCAAUGGGAGGUUUACUGGUUAAGCAAUUACUCCUGCUAGCGAGCGACAGUGAAGAGUAUAGAUGUAUGUCUGAUAACAGUCGCGGGAUCAUAUUCUACAGCACUCCACAUCAGGGCUCAAUAGUGGCCUCAUACUCAUCACAAGCGAGGUAUCUUCUCUUGCCGUCCGUGCAAGUCAAGGAGCUCACGCAAGGGUCGGAGUUCUUAUCGUCAUUGCACAAGCGGUUUCUUGAAUUUCUUACCACCCACCCCUCCCUGGAUUGUGUGAGUUUUGGCGAGACGGUGCCAAUGCAGCUUUCUUGGAUUUUUAAGUCUGUCCUGGUGUCACGUGAUUCUGCAGACCCUGGUAUUGGAGCGUUUCACUCAGUGGACGUCAAUCACAUCGAUGUAUGCAAGCCAACGGACCGGCAUGACGUACGCUACAGAGAGGCUGCGGAACUCAUUGGCUCCAUCAUAAAUCCUAUUCAUACAAGAAAAUAGUUCCGAUGUGUGAUAAACAGUUAAAAAUUUCUAGUUCUUGUGUAAAGGCGUGGCGAGCCUCGAGCGUUUACCAAGAACCAUCUGUUUUCUAUUAUCUGUAUUCUCUUAUCUUCAUCUUUAAUGUGUCCGUUAAAUAGAGGUUUUACUAAACUUACCUUAAUGAGCUUUUCUGCUGUGAGAACAGCCAUCUCUUUGAUGGGUAUCCAGUCACUUCGUCCACAAGCCGUGUCGUCCACAACCAUUUGUUGUUUAACAAAAAAACACUGCCGACACACAUUCAAUACAAAGAUUUCGCUCUUUUUCCUUUAUUAUAUCACGAACCCCUACGUAACUAGCACAGAAUUAAUCCCUGGAAUACGCAGAUUAAGGAUUGUGUAGUUAUUUUUGUGCGAUAUCAGUGAUGCGGCUAAGAUUAGCGAAGUUUCUCACGCCGCUUCGAGACCGAUGUGUUGUUUAACAAGAAAACACUGCAGACACAAAUUCAACACGAAAAUUUCGCUCUUAUUCCUUUAUUACAUCACGAACCCCUACGAUUUCCGAUUUUCGGGUUGAAUUUGUGUGUCCUUGUAUGCGGAAUCUUGAGCUUAUAUAUAGAGAAUUGGAAAAUUUCAUGCCAUUUUUUUGCUCUGUUCUAAGUAACAUUAAGAUAGAUAAUAAUUCUACAAAUGAAAUCUUGUUCUAAUAAUCUGAACAAGAAUAAUAUGAUAAACUAAAACAGUCAAACAUUUUGAAAACAAGUAAGAGUUUCAUUCACCUUUUGAAAAAUAGGUUUUCUUUCUUAUAUUUUAUCACCCAUUCAUGAACCAUGGAUCUCCUGAUAAUUUAAUCUGGGGUUCUCUAGAAGGAGGGUCAAUGCUAAGAGAAGGUUAAUAAACUUUUAGAAUUUU